ACAGUAGAAAUAGAAUGUAGGGCGAAUCCUAAAGGAGAGAAACGGAAAGGAGCGCUUGGUGUGGAGUGUGUCAGCUUUUAAAUUGGUGUUUAUGAUUAUUAAAAUCUAUUGCACCCGGUGAUCGUUGAAGGUUUUAUUUAGAGGAUGGUGGUGGUGGCUGCAGGAUCAGGGGGCGCACACAGAGUGCUCGUCAUCUCUGGCAAGCGGGCCGCCGUGGCGCCGGGGGGACUCGGUACCCGGCCGGUGUCGGUGGUGCUGCCAUCUUCCUCAGGCAGCCGGACUUCUUCCGACUCGGAAUCAAAUGGCUCCGGACCGCCUCUCCGCAAGCGACAGCGGCUCACGCAUCUGAGCCCCGAAGAGAAAGCUCUCCGGAGGAAGCUAAAGAACAGAGUUGCUGCACAGACCGCAAGGGACAGAAAAAAGGCAAAGAUGGGAGAACUGGAGCAGCAAGUUUUGGAGAUGGAAUUGGAGAACCAGAAACUGCACAUUGAGAACCAAAUGUUGCGUGAAAAGACAGAUGGCCUACUGACAGAGAACGAGGAACUGCGUCAGAGGCUGGGGCUGGCUGCACUAGAUGCUAAAGAGAAGGUGCAGGUACUGCCGGCCCAUGUGGAGGACGUGGAUUUGGUGACCGGGUCUUCUGAGUCCGCAGCACAGGCUACGUGUGCCUCUGCAGAAGGUACAGGCCCAGACGUCUCCAAAACCGAGGAGCUCCACGUGGAUGACUGCUGUCCUACUCCUGCAGGCUCUGAGCCUGAUCUCUUGCUCGGCAUUCUGGACAUCUUUAACCCGGAGCUGUUCAAGUGCGACGACCCAAGUCCCGAAGACCUGCAGCAGUUUGCCGAAGAGAUGGCGGACUCACUAUCUCCCCCCUCAACUCCAUCUGUGGGGGCGUCACCAGUUAAGCUGGAGGCCCUUAAUGAACUGAUUUACUUCGACCACGUCUACACGAAGUCUGUGGAGGUCUGCACGGAGCCAUGCGAGGCCGUCUCUGCAGUGAAGCUGGAAGAGCUGGCUUUCACAGCGGCGCCGGAGGAUGAGCUGCUGGUUGAGACUGUCUCGGUCAAAGAUGAGCCUGAGGAAUUGGCAGUUCUACCAGAAGCGAGGGUAGAUUGCUUCUCUGCCUCCCCCCUCCACAGCACCCCAGAUGCUGCUUGCCUGAUGGAUGCCUACAGCGAUUCGGGCUAUGAGCAGUCCCCCUCCCCCUUCAGCGACGUCUCCUCUCCCCUGUGCUCCGACGUGUCUUGGGAUGACCUCUUUGCUAAUGAACUCUUUCCUCAGCUCAUUUCUGUGUGAAGUGCCAAAUAUUCAGUUCUUGUAAAUUUUGAUUACCGGUCGGCAGAAGUAAAAUCCUUACUGCAGCCUCUCGAGCCUGUUUUUUUGGCAUGAUUCUGUUCUGGAAGUUAGUCUUGAUUGUACUGUCAGGGUGAAGCCACUUAUGGCUACAGAAUAGGAGCUUCACACUGCCGGUUUGUCUUCCCAGCUUCCAUAUGACAAGGGAGCCACUUCUGCAUAAGUAGUUACUCUUCUGGAAUUAAGUGUUUAAAAGCUCAAAUUGUGCGUACUCUGUGUGCAGUUGCUAUUGCAUUAAAACCAUGCAUUGCA